UUAGUCGAGCACGAAUCUCCGCGACGCCUCCUCUUCGAAAGCGAACGAAACGAUGAGACGAUCCGUUGCCUUCUCCGUUACCGUUAUCUUGUUGCUGCUGCUGCAGCUGCUAACUCUAGCGCCGUUAACGGUCGGUUCGCUGCUGACGUGGCUGGACCGGCCCGGGAGUCCGGUCCCGGACCGGGUUCUCGCCGACCCGUUCCGGAUCCUGGAGCAGGUGCCCUUCGCGCUGGACCGGGAUGACGUGGCGAUGGUCGACGUGGCGCGCGUGGAUUGGAGGGAGACCCCCACGUCCCACGAGAUCAUCAUGGACGUACCAGGUAUAAAAAGAGAGGAGCUGAAGAUAGAGAUAGAGGAGAACAGGAUCCUCCGCGUCAGCGGCGAGCGAAGGCGAGACGACGAGAAAAAGGGGGAGCACUGGCACUGCAUCGAGCGGUCCUACGGCAAAUUCUGGCGCCGGUUCCGGCUCCCGGACAAUGCCGACCUCGACUCCGUCACCGCGAAGCUCGAGGACGGGGUCCUCACGGUGAGCCUCAAGAAACUGGCCCCUGACCAGAUCAAGGGCCCGAGAGUAGUGAGCAUCGGCGGCGGGGAGAGCGAGGGCAAGGGCGAGGAGAAGAAGAAGAAGAUUACCGCCGCCGACGCAGAAAAGAAAGUUGAGCUAUGAAUAUAUAUAUAUAUAUAUAUAUAUAUAUAUAUAUAUAUAUAUAUGCGCAUGAUGGCUUUGGUGCCUUUGUUUUGUCCAUGCUGUACUGGUGUGAGUGAUUACCAUCGAAUAAUAGUGUUAUCGUAAUGCAGGUUUGUGCCUGUUGGUAUAGUAAAAUUGUUGUAAUGUAUUAAAAAAGAAAGAAAAAAAAAAAAA